UCCGUUCAGGCGCGCUUUGGGCAGCUCUGCGCGAGUAGCGGCGUCGCGGGGUCCUCUCGGCGGGCCCGGCGGCCCCAAAAUGGCGGCGGGGUGGGAGCUGUGAGGCGCCGUGAGGCGGGAGGGCGUCCCCGCCGCCUCCUCCUCCUCCUCGCCCCGGCCCCGCAGCUGGCGGCAUGCUGAGAUCCACCGGCUAUUUCCGCGGCAUCGACUGCCCUUUCCUGAUCGCCGGGGGCCCGCGCGGGGACGCGCCCUGCCGCAGGCCCUACUGCCACUUCCGACACCCCCCGACAGCGCCGAGGGGCGAGGCCGCCGCUGGCCGCGGCGCAGAACGAGGCUAUGAUCCCUACAAUCCAGAGCUUCCGAGGCACUCGCUGGAGACGGAGGAUGGUGCCUUAUCUGACAUUAGAGAUGUAGCACCCGGUAUUCUGGAGCUGGAGCUGGUCAACAAGGCCAUCGAGGCAGUCAAAAACGAAGUGGAGAGAGAGCAGAAAAAGUAUGAGGAGCUGCUAGAAACGACAAAGGAGUUGAGUGCUUCAGAGGCCUCCUCACUCAUUUCAAAUACGUCUGUUGCUGGGACAGAAAAUGAUUCGUUUGCCUCCUUAGAAUAUAAUCCAGGUAGCUACAACUUUAAUAAUAACUCUGACUACAACCCUACUCCUCUCGCUGCUGCUAGCCGGUCAAGUAAAUACACUUUGGAUGCUUCCCGAUCGAAAGGAAGCUCACUAGAAUAUGUUCCCAAGGCUGUAGUACAGAAUAAAAAAUACAGUAGCACUGUCACUAAUAAUAAAUACGUAAUUGAUGACUCUAAGCCUUCUACAGACUUGGAAUAUGACCCGCUUUCAAAUUACUCAGCCAGGCUUUUGAGCAAAGCCACAACAAAGGAGUCAAAGGGGUCUAAGAGGGGUAGGGUGCCUAGUUAUGAGGAAUCCUAUUCUCCGUCGCGAAAGAAGCUCUGUGAAGCACCCGAUGACGAUGAAGUGUGUGCCAGGUUCUCUUCCUCCGAAGAUGAGGCUGAUGCGGAAUAUAAGCCGCCUUCUGUUAGCUCACGGUCAAGAGGCGGUUCGGAAAGUGAAUCAAACGACGGGUUAUCCAGUAAAGAACAGAGCACCAAACUGGAUGAUUUUCCUUCCCAGGAUAGCAAAGAAGUGGCAGCGCAACGUGACGUGGAAGACCUUCCAAGUUCAUUGAAAAAUCUUGAAAGAAACAUAGCAGCCAAGAAUGCAAAAAUGGUGAAAAUGUGUUCUGGGAAGAAGGACCAGGAAAUUGAAAAUAAAAACAAAGACUCAAAAGACAAAACGAAAAGGAAGAAAUCCGAUGUUAUUAAAGCACCUGGUCUUGGCGAGGGUGGUAAGAAGGAGAAAAGUAAAAGUACAGAAAAAGACAAAGUGUUCAAGAAAGAAGAAAAAGUAAAAGCCAAGAAUGAAGAGAAAAGCAGCAAAGAUAAAAGUGGCAAAGUGAAAAGUGAUGGGAGUUUAAAGAAACCUGAAAAACACAAAUCAGAAAAAGUAGAUGAGCUUAAGAAGGAAAAAUCCAAGUCCAGCAGCAGUGGUUCAGGGAAAAGCAAGAGUGAGAGUGUCGGCAAAGGCUCUGGUGUGGAGAAGCUGGGGAGCAACAAGAAAGACUCCAAGGUGAAAACGGCUGAGGUGAAAAAUGGCAAGGAAACCUCUGGUCAUAAAAGCAAAGACAAAGGGACCAAGACACCAGCACUGGAGCGAAAGAAAGAAAAGGUCGGUUCUACAGACAAAGAUCCAAAGGAGGGUCGGAAGCAGCGGAGUUUGAGUCACGUUGACCUGUUUGGUGAUGAGAGUGGAGAUGACAAUGACAAAGGCCGGCCUUUGCCAUCCACAUUACUUGAUGUGAGCUCCGACUCAGACGAUGAUGACUCUAGUUCAGACUCUGAAAGUGAAAAUGAAGGGGCAAAGAAAGUGAAGCGCUCUAAAUUGUCAAAGUCGUCAUCAUCUUCCUCAACAUCUGAUGACAUUGAUUAUUCCAUCCUUGAGAAAGACUUGGACUUUGAGUCCGAUCCAAUGGAAGAGUGUCUCAGGAUUUUUAAUGAAUCUACAGAUGUGAAAACUGAAGACAAGGGAAGGCUGGGGAAACAGCCAUCCAAAGAGGAAGGAAAUGAAGAAAAGACAGAAGAGAAUUUAACUACCUUGUUUCCUGGCCAAAAAAGAAGGAUCUCUCAUCUUGUCAAACAAGGAAAUGCAGAGGUCCCGAGCAAGCCCGUAGUGCGGCCGUACCGCCCGCCCACCGCACAGGAGGUCUGUUACCAGAGGAUCCAGCUGGCUCAGCAGCAGGCGGCACAGCUGGCUGUGGCCGUUCAAAAGGCCUCUCUUUCUUUGCCAGGAGAAAAGAAGAGGAUUGCACAUGUGCCAAAUGCAGCCUUUUCUGCAGCAGCCAAGCAAAGCCUCGCUAGUAGCAAGAUGUCUGUUCCUGGCAAGAGUGUCCCACCCUCCAAUGACUCUGAAGCACCCACCCUGUCUCUGAAGGCUUGCACCUUAGCUGGGAUGGCUUCAAAGACCACCAGCACCGUCGUGCAGAAAAGGAUAGCGCAUGUUCCCUCCUUACAGAGCACCAGCUUACAGAGGCCUGUUAUUCCCACAGAAUUUGGUGCUAAAGUCCCAACAAACAUUCGUCAAAGAUAUCUCAAUCUCUUCAUCGAUGAGUGCCUGAAGUUCUGCUCCUCCUCCCAGGAAGCGUUUGACAAGGCUCUGUCAGAAGAGAAGGUGGCUUAUGAACGUAGCACCAGUCGCAAUAUCUACCUGAAUGUGGCAGUGAACACCUUAAAGAAGCUCCGAAGCCUUGUGCCCAAUUCCCCGUCCAGUACGAACAAGAUGAGUAACAAGAAAGUGGUGUCCCAUGAAGCUGUGCUGGGAGGGAAGCUUGCUGCUAAGACAAGCUUUACUCUAAACCGGUCAGGGAGCUUGAGAUCAGAGGAUUUAACAGGAGCUGCCUUGUACCGGCGCCUAAAGGAGUAUCUGAUGACUGAGGAGCAGCUCAAGGAAAAUGGUUACCCAAUGCCUCACCCAGAGAAGCCCGGUCGUGCCGUCCUCUUCACUGCAGAGGAGAAGAAAACGCUUGACUCCUCUUGCAGGAUUUGUUGUCGCUGUGGCACCGAGUACAUGGUCUCGGCCUCUGGAAACUGCGUUCGCAAAGAGGAAUGUGUCCAUCACUGGGGACGGCUGCGCAAGCAGAGAGUGCCAGGUGGAUGGGAAACUCAUUACAGCUGCUGCUCAGGAGCUGUGGGUUCACCAGGCUGCCAGGUUGCUAAACAACACGUCCACGACGGGCGGAAGGAGAGCCUUGAUGGCUUUGUGAAGACUUUUGAGAAGUUGCCUACGACUGAUGGCUACCCUGGAAUCUACGCGUUGGACUGUGAGAUGUGCUACACGAAGCAAGGACUGGAGCUGACACGAGUAACUGUGAUCAACUCUGACCUUAAAGUGGUAUAUGACACCUUCGUCAAACCGGACUCCAAGGUGGUGGACUACAACACCAGAUUCUCAGGUGUGACAGAAGAAGACCUGAAGAACACUAGUAUCACCCUGCGGGAUGUCCAAGCCGUCCUACUGAACAUGUUCAGUGCAGAUACCAUAUUGAUAGGGCACAGCUUGGAAAGCGACUUAUUUGCACUAAAGCUUAUCCAUGGCACAGUGGUGGAUACUGCGAUUGUCUUUCCCCACCGGCUGGGAUUGCCUUACAAGCGGGCUCUCCGGACGCUGAUGGCUGACUACCUCAAGCGCAUCAUCCAGGACAAUGUGGAAGGGCACGACUCCAGUGAGGAUGCCAGAGCUUGCAUGGAGCUGAUGGUCUGGAAGAUCAAAGAAGAUGCUAAAGUGAAACGAUGACUUGCGCUUUCUCUCUCUCCCGUUCCUCCUCCACCUCUUUGAAGCAGUGCAAUAAAUGCUCAGAGUAACACUGUCCACCCGUACGCAGCAGCAUGCUACCCCAGACUCCCCGUGCACUCGCAGGUACCUAUGGGACUUCAGGACUGCUGCUGGCGCAACUGAACGGCACCGGCUCACCGCUUGCAGGUCCCUGUGUCCAGGUAGUGGCUCUUGGAUCCUCUUUACUUCACCUGAGGGAUACUCUGUGGUACAACAAUUGCCUCGAGGGCAUGACAAGGUGGUUUUGAGUAGCACAACCAGAGAGAACUUCUUGGUUCCUAGGAGAAGCUUUUAGAGGUAGGUUGGAUACGUGCAGAUGGAUCUUUCUGGUUCAGUUAAAGGUAGAUCUUUUUCUUUUUGUUUUCAAAUGUAACUUAAAUUGCCUCUGUACUCCAAAGCAGGUGGAUUCCUGCAGUGUUUGGAGAGGAGGGAAGUGGAAAGAAGUUGGGCAGGAAGCUGUAAAGUGAGUGGAUUGUGUAGCUGGUGUGUGAACGGCAAGCAAGGGUGGUGAGAGCCAAGGACAGAACCAUCUGGGAGGAGAUUCUAAUGUGGUCCCGCUGUGGAGGAGACAGCCAGAGCUGCGAGAGAGGGAGACCAUCUCUGAGACCGCCUGGUGGGAGCAGCAGGCCACAGAGGGAUGGGAAGGCGUCGGGGGAACUACGAGGUGAUCCCUCCAUUGAGGGCUGGUACCCUGGCUCUGCAACGGCUGGAAAAGGGAGAAGCCGCAUGUGUCAGACCUCGCCCAGACCUCAGGGAGCUGUGUGUGUAGUAGCGAGGCAAGGGACAGCGGUGCUGAGAUGAAAUGGGCUCCCAGAGCCAAGCGGCAGCUUGCAGCCUGUCCAGGGAGGACAGGGGUAAGAGCAGGCAUCGUGUCUUUGUGAGUUAGGACAAGCUGUUCUGACCCUGAACUUCCAGCAUGUCUCCAGCGAGCUCUUAUGUAGGGAUCAAGAGUUUUUGGGGGAUCUGGGUGCAGCUAAGAUUGCACCUAAGAGUGUCCCCUCUUAGACUCCCCACCAGUCUGUCCCUGAGAGCAGGGACUCGAUGCAGCUAAAAGCAAUAGUUGAAAAUUACUCUUCAACUAGUUUAUGUCUUGGGUGUUUUACAAAGAACAAAAGACCCAGUUAUUGUCUGUGUGGACCCUGGACAAAAGCAACUGUUGAGAGCUGUGCUUGUGGCAGCCGGGGCAGAAGCACAGGUGCCAGCAGUCUCUCUCCACUUUGGUUCCGUUGCUGUCAGGGGAAAACAGAGCUGGUGGAAAUAAUCCCUGGUAGAUGAGGUCUUUCAGCUGAGGUCCAGGGACAGCCUGGCCGUGUUACAGCUGGAUAUUUGAGCCAGGGGGACAGACAUCGCUUCCCAGCAGUGGCUGGGGUGCUCCCAGCUUCUCAUCCCUGCGUGAGUGGCCGGUGGCAGCGGGACAGGGGCGCUGCUGGGUUUUGGUUUCUGUUGGAGCUGGGUCUGGCUUGUACCCCAACUGGUGGCAGCGGCCUCAGAGCUGGGGGACACACAGCACGAACCCCAACACGUCCCACUGCCCUGACUCCUCGCUGGAAAGCGUGGCAGUGGGCUUGGAACUGGGGGGGACGUGCUCUGCGUCCCUUGGCACAUUCUGACUCCGUGGCCAGCGUGGCGGUGGGCUUGGAGCUGGGGGAUGUGCUGUGUCCCCCCUGGCACAUCCUGAUUCUGUGGCCAGCGUGGUGGUGGGCUGGGCCACGUGCCACAGGCAGGGCUAUCCUGCUUGGGCCCCUCUCCGUGGGCUGGAGGGUGCUGGUACAUCCACAAGCCUCAGCAGGCUCUGCCCAUCCCACUGCUGUCCGCAGAGGCAAGGAUGUGGCUUCCAGAACCUGACCUCCGCCAGGUUCUGAAGCCACCAGGAGAAGCAGGGGCUGUAGAGGCUCCUGUUAGUGCCGAGCCUGUCUGGUGGGCAGUGGCAGGGGGCUCCCAGCCUGGUCCCUACCCCACAUCUGCAGCCGCGCAGCUCCUUGCCGCUCCCCCAUGCUCUGUAGGGCACCUCACAUCCAGCUCUCCCUGCAGCCCACCUUUGCCAAAAAUGCAGCCCCUUCCCAGCUGUGGCACUUCCAUGUGAAGCAGCCUCUGGACACCUUAUCUUAAUCCCCCUCUCCCAUUGCCUGCAGGUAAUGAUGCUGUUCUUCCCAGGCUGUGGGAGAGCUGGAGAGAACAUCCAGUGCUUCCUAAGCAGGGAAGGAAGGUUUGGUUUCACUUCUUCUUUCCCUUGUUUAUUCCUGGCUGCAGUGAUGGAGCAGACCUGGAGCCGCCUGCUGAUCCACCCACCGUGCAGCCAGAUCUGAUUCCAAAAGCGGCUCUUGCUCGAUGUUCCCCCAUUACUCAGCAGGCGUUCCCAGCCCUCUGCCACAGCUCUGCCUUCCCUGGAAAAGCCGGCACAUUCCUAACACACAUGUGGCGUCUCAUUUGGGGAGUGGGUGGCUUGGCUUGUUCCCAUGGCGCACAUUGGGGAAGGCAGAGCAAGGCCACAGGGUGCUUUCUUCCCAGCACGGGUCCUGCUGGGCCAGGGGACCUUUCUUUCUCCCAUGGAGCAGCCGAGACCCCCUAAAAUGAGGCAUUUGGAGUGGGGUUGCCUCUCUUCUGGGAUCAGUGGGGCAGCGGGACCGCUUCCACCCACACUGUCGCUGUGGGUCAGAGCAAAGGUCAGACCCCCCGGGCUGCCUUCGCCUCCACCCCCGGGCACUGACACACUUGUAAAGCCAGAGGUUGUGGUUGUAAGAGGGUUUGGGUUGUACAGAACUCUUGUAACCUGUAACCUUUUGUACUUUUUUGUUUUUAAUAAAAGAGUGUUGAUUAGACGCACUCUCCUGACUCUG